CGCUCCCCCGCUCCCACCCUUUCGAGUCCCUUCCCCUUCCUGGAUCCCCUUGCACUCGCCCCACUCGCUCUUGCCGAGUCUUGUAAAUGCACCAAGCGCAAGUGAAAACCGCCCCCGACACCUUGCCUCGGACUCGGAGGCUCGCUACCUCAUUACGUUCUUACGUUGCUACCCUGUAUGUAGUCACUUUUUUCGACUCGUACUUACCCGUAGAGUUCGAUCUAUAGUGUACUCUACAUGCACUGCCAGGAAGCAAUUGAAACAAACAACCAUGCAUGGGAGCGUCUGGUCAAAACUGCAGUGCAGCCUGCCAUAUACAACGCUGAACCACGAGCACGGUCUCCAUGUCUUGAAAACACGCGGUCCACCAUUCUGAGGAGCAUCCAGCAGAUAGUGGAUGAGAGAAGCCAGAAAAAUAUAUGGUUGCACGGAUUUCCAGGCUCAGGCAAGACGUCCAUCUUGUUCACGAUUGCGGACGAGCUACGGGAACAAGGACGUCUUGCAGGAACUUUUUUCUUCUCGCGCAACAGUGUGGAUGCAACGAUGUGUGGUUAUGUGAUACCAACCCUUGCCUACCAGUUAGCCCUUGCAUUCCCGUCGGUGAAAAGCGACAUCAUCAGAACCAUCGCUGAUGAUCCUGCGUUACUAUCAGAUCUGAAAGCUCGAAAGGAUCAGAUCCAGAGUCUCAUCGUCAAGCAUCUUUGGAAACUCCAAUUCAGGUCUCCUUUGGCAUUCAUCAUUGAUGCUUUGGAUGAAUCCUGUUGCCACCUCGAGGCUUUGCGGGUGGCACGCCUACUAGUGGAGGCCAUACGUGCCUAUAAGGUUCUUGAAGACAAGCCACUCAACGCCCACAUCAUUCUAGCUAGCCGACCCGGCCUGCACUUCAAUGAUGUGGCCACUGGAAAGGGAUUCGGAGAUGUUCAAGAAAUCUCUUUGCAGGAUUUCGAUGGGGAGACAAGUGCAGACAUCCGUCGCUUCCUCGCGCACGAACUCCAGCGAGGAGACAUACCGCAAUGGCCGUCUCCUCGUCAAAUGGAUCACCUCGCUGACAAGGUCGGGAACUCGUUUCUUUGCGCAUCCAUAGCGACGAAAUAUAUUACCCACCCAAAAAAACACCCUGCUUCGAGGUUGGACGCAUUCUUGUCAUCCCCCGAUGCUACGGCAGACGCCUACGCCGACCUGGAUCACAUGUAUCAGGAGAUCAUCAGGGAUAGUAGAUCCUUGAUAAGAUAUCUAAUCGAUAUCAUCAAUCUGGCGCAGCCGCUACCGCACUCUCAACUCUUACAGUUUUUUCCUUUGGAUCAUAGCGAGAAUCUCAACCUCACUUUAGAAGAAUUUUCUUCAAUUCUCGUUGUGUCACCCGACAAACCCAUGACUCUCAUUCAGCCUUAUCAUUCAUCAUUGAUUGAGUUUUUUACGGACCCGGUGCGCUGUCACCCGCAUCACAUCGAGCCUGCAGAGAUUCAUAAGGGUCUCGCACUCCGGUGUUUAACGAUUCUACAUACACUCAAGACAAAUUUAUGCGAUCUCUCAGACCACACGACCAUGGCCGUCGAAGACAGUCAUUUCUGGCAUAAACGAGAUGCCAUGCUUCCCGAAAGCAAGCAAUAUGCUUGUCAUAAAUUUCUCCGUGUCCACAUCCUGCAAUGGAUCGAAGCUUUAUGUCUACUAGGAGAGCUCAGCGAUGGCCCAAUAAUGUUACACAAAGCCCGUGCCGCGUUUAACGGAUGGGCCACCAACAUGCGUUAUCAUGAUUUUGCGCUGAUUAACAGGUCGCUUGCGACCGCGGAACAAUUGAUCAUUCUUUAUUUCGAUCCCAUCAGCCUGUUCCCGCUCCAAGUUUACUACAUCGUAGCAGCACUGGCAGAUUUAUCUGGACAACGUCUAGAUUCAAAUUCUAACGUACUUGUCCGCAGUCUUCCUUGGUGAAUCCAGGACCAUCUCAAGAACGGCGUACCGAAGAGGCGCAUUCGGGGAUUUCAGGCGUGUUGGCAGAUUGUUGUCGCUGGUUAUCAAAUUCUGAUUUUGGUGCCUUUCGUAUUUCAGAUCUAACUUUGGAUCUAAGUCUUUCCAUUUCAGACAUCGUUUCUUUUCAAGAGAAAAAUCACUUGCUAGACGGCCCCACUGAAUCAAACAUUGGUUCAGUAAAACCACGGAGACUUUGGGUUUGCCUCGAGAUAAUAUCGGAAACUUGCCAACAAUCCUCUCCUAUUCAGCAGAUCACGCAUAAUGAUCAUUCGCGAGUGGAAUUGGGCAGUAUGACGA